AUGGUUGAGCAGCACCAUUACAUUACGUCUGUCCUCUCUCCAGCCGACGCUCUCUCCGAAGAUACACCCAGCCUCUCCGACGGCACAAGGUCUUCUACUUCGAGCUAUCCAGACUUGACCCCGUACUCUGCCGUCUCCUCUUUCACACUCCCCGCUCAGUGCGAGUCUGACCUCUUGACUCCAAUUUCUACUGCAGACUCGCCUCCUGUACAUCAAGCCCGCAAAUUCAUGGGCCAAUACCCUCCUCCUCCCGGCAGCCCUCACGGUCAGGAGCCAACUCCGCCGGGCAGUUCAAAGAUGUAUCACCAGUGGCACAAUCCACAAUUCGAAAUGAAUAGUCACCCCAGUGAGACUAGCUCUCCCAUGCACACCCCGGGUCAUGUUGCGCCGGAGUUUUACAUGGCAGACAGAAGGACUCCAGGACCGCCCGAGCCCUAUAUGGGCCAUUUCAGUGUUUCGGAUGCCACAUCAAAUUCAAUCUCGCAGUCAGGUUCCCCUUACUACCUGGAUAUGACACAGAUGCCCAGUCAAAAUACCAUGCUUCUGCGAGGAAAUCCUCCCAUGCCCAUAGAACCGCACUCACGAGAACUGGACCGCAACAUCUCACUUACUGCGCCGCUGCUGCACGAACCUCCCAGAGGCUUACAUGUUCGCCGUCCCCGUCGUCCCAGCUCCAACGGCGUAGGUGUCAAGCUGGAUCACCAUGCUCCUGAGGUGGUGCGAUCCCCCAGCGACUCCCCACGCAGGCGUCCAGGAAUCCUUGGAGGAGCUAGCCGAGUGAAGAAAACGAGCCGCAGAAAAUCAACAAAGAAUUCCCCGUCAGAUGCGACAGAAGAGCAUCAGAAUUGCCUGGGACAAGAAGUCCCACCUAGUCUCAAGGAUACAUGUCCCGCGGAGGAGCGAUGCAUCUUUGAGUCCCGCUGGCGUCAUCGAAACAAAAGAGGCCAAGAUAUGUGGGACAGUAUCCAGAGCGAUUUCCUGAAAGAGUUCAAUAAGAGCCACGGCAAAGAAAUGCUCCAAAUGAAGUUCAAGCGUGCACGUUCCAAGUACAUUCAGUGGCUCCCCAAAGAUGAAGAGCUUCUGCGUGAGGCUUGGAGAAAAGUCGAGCAGGAUCGUUAUCAAACGGUGCUCGAUGUUUUCCACGACAUGGGUGGAUCCCGUAACAUGCGUCUCAACUCCAGUGACAUUGAGGUCAAGCUGGUCAAUGAUUUGAAACUCGAAGAGCAUCUAUACAUGGACUGCUUUCGUGAAAUUGACGUCAGACGUCGCCGGAAACUGUCUGCAAAGAAGCGCCCUGGUGGCAGCCGUAGGGGCGAGGAUGACAUGCCCAUGGGUAGUGGUGAUGACAUGAUGGGGGUCGACCCGCACCAUCCGCAGCACACACACAACGAAGACGAUGUGAUCAACCAGGUCCACAAUCCCAGGUCUCGGUGGGAAAGUUCUUCUACAAACCAAAACGAAAUGAUGGACAUGCACAUGUGGGAUAGCAGAGCUCCCAUGAAGCUGGAGUCAUCAACGGCACCACACAGACUACUGAACAGCGUUCCGCGAGGCUGCUACCAGGGGACAGUUCCCACUGGUGCGUGUAUUUGA